ACCGCCAAACACCACUGGCACUAGGAUUCGUUGUCCUCUUCGAGGUUACUGUUCCAAUUGACUAUCAUGGUAGGUCUGUGGGAGACUAAUAUUCUUUUUCGCAUUAAUAACGUACCGCAGGCCAUCGGGGAGAUCACAGAAGCAAAAUUUUCUCCACUCUUUGGGUUGGACACCGUCAAUGCACUGCAAGCCAUUCUUGAACGUUCUGAACAAGUGACCGUAUGUCUAUAGCGACACUGAUGCUGAACAUCGUUACAUUCACGAUUACCAGAUUCCAGACCUGGACACACCAUUUUCCAGGUUUCCGAAUAACGACCAGUCUGCCACCCACAAGGAUCAGAGUAUCCACGCCAUCAUUUCCGAACGCCAACAGCAGCUGUAUGCAGUUCUGCAUGAGAUUUCAGGCCUAGAGUCUGUGAUGGAUCAUAUCGAAAAUAUUCACCGGAAACUGCUCGACAAAAAGGAAAGCAUCCAACAUUCAAUGAAUUUGCACAAGGGACUCGUAUCGUAUCUCUGGCGCUUGCCAACUGAAAUCCUGUCCCAGAUUUUCCACUACUGUCUCCCAAAAUACAACCACUCAUCGGCGCUAGAAGCUCCCAUGUUGUUAACUAGAGUGUGCCGACGAUGGAGGGAGGUUGCUAUCGAUAUACCCAGUUUAUGGUGCAGCAUAUCUAUAGGGUUCGGCAGGCCACUCUGCGACGUCGAGGAGUCGCAAAUUUCCCGUCAUGACGUAUGGUUCAAGCGGUCACGGGGAUGUCCGCUCUCAUUAUCGUUCACCUGCAAGGCAAAUGAUGUAGCCAAGCUGCGAAGCCUUCUUCAGCCCUACUCCAAUAAAACCUCGUCUCUAUCUAUCACAUUUCUCGAAGAUGUGACCGAACCUAUACUUUGGUUAGGCGACCUCCCAGCACUUCAGGAACUGACCAUGAAACUCCGGGGUAUACCCACUCCAGGCCUCUAUCAAUCUCUCUCGCAACUACCCGCCACUUUGCGCAGUCUCGAGGUCAUGGCGUGGUUUUUGAACACCGCACAAAUCUCUAUCGGUCCUGCAGGACUGCACCUGACACAUCUCGAUAUCGCCGUGUUGCAGUACCAGAAUGAAGUCAUCCACCUGCUCAAGCUAUGUCCCAAUCUCUCUUCGGUAAAAAUAUGCGGAAUAUUCAAGACAAGUCUAACUCCGGAGUCGUUCACGCACACCAAAAUUCAAACCUUCCACGUCUUGACUCUAUUCUCUCACUUUGGCCUGUUGAAUGCUCUAUCGCUCCCCAAUUUGCGGGUGUUUGAACAUUAUCACCCUGACUCCGUUCGAUACCCUGAUGAAGAGCUGAUGGCAUUUUUAGCGCGGUCGAGGUGCCCACUGGAGAGAUUGAUUUUUAGCGGAAGUAAGAAGCCGACGAUGACAGAUAUAGUGAGAGCAGCAUACAUUGACAUUAUUCCUUCCGUCGGAAUACUGCUUCUAGAGGCUCAAAGUACAUUGCAACACUAUGCUCUGUAAUUAGUUACACAUCACAAAUCAAACCGGUCGUGUAACUUUCCCAGU